AUGCCGUCGACGCCUCCCACGACGGUCGAGGAGAUCCGCGCCACGGGAACGAUCGCGCCUGAAUUCGCAGAGGUGUGGGCAAAGUCUCCCUUCCCACCAGGUUCAUUCUUUACGCUCGAGGACAUUAAAGAGGUGAGCAAAUUCAGCUUGCCCCAAGUGCAAGCCACGCUCGCAAAAUCACGGCCAGAGGACCUCGUCGAGAAGCAGCAUUUUAUCAAACUCCGGGACAGCUACUCAUCUCGUAUCCUCGUCCUGCACCGAGAGGCCGAUCUCGGUCCCAAGACACCCGCACGACCUUUGAUACUGCUCUUCCACGGUGGCGGACACACGGUCGGAAAUCCUGAGGGACUUGUGCCUCUAGCGCGAGAGAUCCUAAAAUCGUGUCCAGCCGUUAUUGUCUGCGCCUCGUAUCGCCUUGCGCCACAAUUCCCAUUCCCAUUCUCGAUUCUCGAUUCCUGGGAGACCCUGGAAUGGGCGGCGUCUGAGUCGCGGAAGUUCAGAUCCACCGUGCUGCCACUGUGCACCGAUCCACGUGUGGGAUUCCUCGUCGGCGGUGAAUCUGCAGGCGCCGGAUUGGCAGCAGAACUCUCGCAUUUGGCACGAGACCAAGGCCUAUUUCCGAAAAUAACGGGCCAGUUUUUGUGCUGUGGUACAUUCAUCUCUCCAGCGCGUGUGCCCACGAACUAUAAAGAGCGAUUCCUCUCGUGGUCGGAAAAUAAGCGUGCGCCCCUACUCGAUGAGGAUCUCUACACGAUCUUCCGCGACGCCUUCAAGCCUGACCACGACAGUAAACUGUGGGCGAGCUUCAACCAGCACCACCCGGCAGAUUCGGGUACGGGCAGUGUGAAACACGGCCAUCUAGAGAUUCCUCGCACCUAUUUCCAGGUCUGUGGCCUUGACAUGGCGAGGGAUGAUAGUCUGAUAUAUGAGCGGGUCCUGAGGGAGGAGUGCCGCAUUGAUACCCGGUUGGACAUGUAUGCCGGUUGGCCGCAUUGCUGGUGGUUGAAUUACCCCCAGCUCGAUAUGAGCAAGAAGAGGAUGAGUGAUGCCGUGGAAGGCGUGGUCUGGUUGUUGGAAAGUAGCAAGAAGCAUUAA